GGUGAGGGGAGGCUCUAUCAGUGGGUGUUUCCUCCCAGCUGCCCUUAUAAAAGGCAGAGGGAGGUCCAGGUGAUCUGAAAGGAACGUGGCCCUCUCCUCCUGCACCCCAGCUUUAGGUCCUGAACUCCCUCUCCCACACAUGGCAGGCCUUGCAACCAUGGUGGCCAGCCUCCUGCUGCUGGCCCUGUGUGCACACCGCAUUGCCCCUGCAGGCUCUGUGACCAUCCCCUCUUCCUGCUGUAUGUCCUUCAUUUCCAAGAAAGUUCCAGAGAGCCGAGUGGUUAACUACCAGCUGUCCAGUGGGAGUCUCUGCCCCAAGGCAGGAGUGAUCUUCACCACCCGGAAGGGCCAGAAGUUCUGUGGCGACCCUGAGCAGCGCUGGGUGCAGACGUACAUGAAGAACCUGGACGCCAAGCGGAAGAAGGCGGCCACGGGGCUCAGGACGAUGGGUGUCAAAGCGCUCCCGCAGAGGUCCCCUGCCAUUAGCACUGCCAUCUAACCACCGCCCGGCCCUCAGCUUGGGGCCUGUGCGCCAGUGAUGAGAGGGGGAGAGCUCUUGCACCCUGGGCCCUUUGCCUUCCCUGAGCUGGCGGAGAAGGUUCUGGAAGGAAGAUGGUGGCAGCCGUCUGCCCUCCUCCGGAGCUUAUGCUGGCCCUUCCCUGCCUUCCAGGCACCCAGAGCCCAGGUGCAUCGGGCCUCACCUGCAGACAGUCACUGCUUGUGUCUCAAAGCUUAGCCUAGAGCUGGCUUCUUGGGUCCUCGGGUCUUGCAGUGGGAUCUGUCUGUCUGGGUAUGGGUGACCUGUCAACAGCUGUGGCUCUUCAUCACUCUACAGAAGCCCCGAGCCUGCCCCACUUCCAGAAUCCCGGGUGAAUAAAAACCCAAUAAAAUCUAGGGCUCCUUUGCUGCGCGUGUUGCCAGAUCCCCAGCCUUCCUCGCACACAGCUCAUGGGAUGUAAUUAAUGACGUUUUCAGGGACUCUUUGGUUUUUGUGAUGAAAUGGACCUAGAGGGUGAGGAUGAGGAGCCAGUCUGGGUUGUUAAAUUCCCUUGGGAAGAAAGGGUUUGGGGGAGGCGUUCCGCUUUAUGGAAUGGCUGGCCCUGUGCUUCUCUGGGGACAAAGACCUGCUCUGCCUUUAAGGCCGGUUCUUUCCCUACAUUUUUGGAAUGUGAGGAUGGAGUCGGGGUUCUGGUAGGAGAAGGAUUCCAGGGUCCCCCCCCCCACCCAUGUAUGAGAUAUCGUGUGAUUUGUAUGUCAAAAGUGUAGACACAAUUGCUCUUCUCAAAUAACAAUUCAAAUAAAAUGUGAUUUCUCUUUCUCAGGUAA